AUGGCUUCCGCUUCACACAACCUUGCUGACCCAUGGACAGCCUCAGGUCUUCCUCAAAGGCAGCAAGCCUUCCUAAAACAAUAUUUUGAAGCACUAGAUGCUGAGCCGGAGAAAGGUGCCCGAAACUGGGCCAACAGCUUCGCUGAAGGCGGCAAAUUUGUCAACGGGACUAUGGUUAUCGAAAGCUCAAAAGAUCUCGAACAAGAGCGUUAUGGAUACUGGAAGGCAUGGCCACAUCUGUACCAUGUCGUAAAGCGCAUUUACCUGCUCCCGGGAGCCGAGCAUUCCGAUUUUGUAGUGAUUGGGAAUUGGGCGGUCAAACGCCCAGAUGGUUCGACUCUAGAACGUGACACGGCCGCCAACUUCCACUUAGUCGAUCAGAGGGGGGAGCUAAAGAUUCAGAAAAUGGAGGUGUAUGCGGAUCCAACUCCGCUGCUAGAAAUCAUGAACUCCUGA